GCCGCCUUCGAGGAGUCGGUCCUCGAGUCGGAUGAGGCGCGUCACAGUCGCCGUCACAGCCGUCGACGACCGAGACACCACCGGCUGCAGAAGCUCAUGGCGCAGAUCGCGUUCGGUCUCUACCUGCUGCACGACUCGCUGGCGAAAUCCGACUCAGCCGUGGUCCGGAUCCUGCAGGGGCACAUCAACGAGAUGGACGAGUUCCUCUCCUCGACCACAGCGAGCUUCGAGGUGGGCAGCAGGGACAUCACCGCCAGGACGCAGUACCUCCAGGUGCCCAUGGACGAGACGGGCCAGAUCUCGAGUGCGUUCGACGAGAUGCUGCGGUCACGGGACUUCCGCGCCGAGACGGCGACGCGGAAUGAGAAGGUCGACGUGGCCGUGCAGCGCACGUCGCGGGCGCUGCAAGCUUCGCUGCGAGACGUCAAGGAGGCGCUCUCGGCUGUCGACGAGCUGGCGAAAUACCUGCUCAGCAUUAAGGACGGCUGGCGCAAGGCCAAUCUCGUGCGCGUGUAUUCGGCCAUGCGACACAACGCCGCCAUGUGGUUCCGCUGCUGCAUCGGAUUACAGAUGAAGGCGGCGAGGCUCGGCGAGAAGAUCAAUCAGUUGCGAGGGCUGGUGCAGGAGAUUGAGCAGCGCACGGGCGCCGCGUCGAGGAAAUACGGAAAGCAACCCGUGCCGAAUGCCCUCCGAUUCGAUAAACCACUUCCCGACCCUCCACGGCAGAAUCCCGGGAUCCCCACCAUCGAUAUCCAGAUCCCGUACCGAACCAGUUCGAGACCGAACCGACGACUGUCAAAACACCGCUCGAAAUCCUCACCGCACGUUUCCACUCCUCCACUGAAGCAGGGCGAGCCGCGGCGGUCGAUGGACGCGGCACCGGCACAAGGACCGAAACGGAGCAUUUCGAUGCGGUUCAAGCAGAGCAUAAUGCGCUCAAAGAGCAUGGUGGAGCUCAAACGGGACAAGGGCAAGCAGCGUGAAACGCUCCCCGCAACCGACGUCCCCGUCCCUGUCAACAUCCCCACCCUCACCCCCGCCAACGGAGGCACCCCCGGCAUAAAGCGGCAGAAAUCCCGGCUAUUACGCGUCGUUCCGCAACACUUCUCGUGGGCGAAAAGUCCGCUGUCGUCGCCAAGGAAGGAGCGUGCUUCGGUUUCGAACAAUAGCAAGAAUACGCACCCUCCCCUUUCUCGCGGAUGAGGGCUUGGACCGUGCCCACGCCGCUGCCGCCGCCACCGCCGC